CUCCCAGAUUCUCCGGUCACAAACCUUCUACCCAUGAAACAGCGGAGAGGGAAUGAGGGAUUGAUACCACAUUGCGGUGAUAACCACCAACCAACAUUUGAAGAGAAGUCCUUCAGCAUUUCGACGGCAAGGUGUGCAGAGUGUCGGUAAUAGCUGAUGAGGUGAAGAAAGCCACACAAGGCCACUUCACCUACUGUCUAUUGGCCCUCACGCAGAGUGACCCUGUUGCCUACUUUGUCCCCACAUCACUUCGAGAGGAGGCUUGGCUCCCUCUGGGUGCAAGAAACACCAUGUGCCAAAACUGGAGAGGACUUACCACUGCCCCAUAGACCGCCAAACCUCUUGUGAACCUUUCCCUCUAGUCUGAGGACCCUCCUAAUCCUCCACACUGCCCACAUGGCCAAGAUGAAGAAGGUGGCAGCAUGGUCAGCAGAGGAUGUCUCUGACUGGCUCAGCAAAGAGGGGAUGCUGGAGUACAUAGAUGCCCUCCGUCAGACGGACGGUCCUGCUCUGCUCAACCUCAAAAAGGAAGAUUUCCAGAUUCUUCCCCUCUCGCUGGUGUCGUCUGAUUGCGGGCAGCAGCUGUUGGAGCGGCUGGAGACGCUGCGGAUAGAGACUCAUAUUGAGGAUCACAAAAACGGGCAUGCAAAUGGGCAUGCUGGUGGGCUACCUAACGGAACUAGCAAGCCUCAGAGGAAUGGCACAUUGGGGAUGAAGGACUUGAGGAUGGAGAUGGUCCACAUCCCCAUCCCUACAAGAGAAACGACGCGCACCUCGUUCCCUGCCGAGUGGGGAAAGACGGGCAUAGCGUUUGUCUAUGCGGUGGUGUGCUUCGUUACCACCACUGUCGUCAUUUCAGUGGUCCAUGAAAGAGUACCGCCGAAGGAGCACACCCCACCACUGCCUGAUAAAUUCUUCGACCUGUUUGACAGGGUGGAGUGGGCCUUCUCCAUCUGUGAGAUUAACGGCAUGCUGCUCGUGGGACUCUGGCUGAUACAGUGGAUUCUACUCAAGCACAGGUCAAUUAUAGGCAGGCGAUUCUUUUUCAUUGUGGGCACACUCUAUCUGUACCGGUGUAUUACAAUGUACAUCACCACUCUGCCUGUUCCUGGGAUGCACUUCAAAUGCUCUCCAAAGCUUCUCGGGAACUGGGAGGCACAGACAAGGAGAAUAAUGAAGAUGAUUGCUGGUGGGGGCCUAUCCAUCACAGGUUCCCACACCAUGUGUGGAGAUUAUCUGUACAGUGGCCACACAGUCAUGUUAACGCUAACGUACCUCUUCAUCAAAGAGUAUUCCCCCAAGCGGUUCUGGUGGUACCAAUGGUUUUGUUGGACAUUGAGCGCUGUAGGGAUUUUUUGCAUCCUUCUUGCCCAUGACCACUACACUGUGGAUGUGGUGGUUGCAUACUUUAUCACUACACGCCUCUUUUGGUGGUACCACACUAUGGCUAACCAGCAGUCGCUGAAGGAGACGUCACAGGGUAACCCGUUCUCGCGGGUUUGGUGGUACAGACUGUUCAAAUACUUUGAAGAGAACGUCAAUGGCACGGUCCCUCGUAACUAUCAGCUGCCGUUGUCAUGGCGAUCGUUGCAGUGGAACCGCAGUGUGAAGUACAGCAAACUGGAAAUCCAGUGAGGACUAGGACUAUGAGUUCCACAAGUGCUGUUUUUACCCAUGGAACAUGGCACUGUUAAAUGUAGCGCUGUCCUUUCACCUCUAGUAACAGACACAUCCCUGUCCAAAUGGGUAGCACUGUGACCCACCUAGUAUUUUUGUGUAUGUAUAUAUGUGUGUGUGUAUAUGUAUAUAUAUAUAUAUAUAUAUAUAUAUAUAUUCUCUGUUCCUCUUUCUCUUCUGGUAGAUUUUGCCAACACAGAGCACUAAUAUAUGUUUUGUGUCUUUUCCUCUUCGUGGGCCACAACAGUUUAUGAAGCAUUUCGACAAACUAAAGCUCAAAGAAUUUUGGCCACAAGGACUCAAAUACUUUUUUUUUUUUUUUUUUUUUUUUUUUUUUUCUCUCUCUGCACAAAACCAUAAGUAAUGUCCAUGUUCUUACAAGAUUUUUAGUGCAAACUGUGUUAAUCAAAUGCUCAUUUGAUAACCAAAAUUCCAUAAGUAUUUCUUUUCUUUUAUAGCAAAUUACUUUUUUUAAACUUUCCUUGCUAAAAUGAGUCAAAGGUGCAAAAAAUAUUUUUAAGUAUGUCAAACUUUAUUUUUCAAAAAACUAAUGAUGUCCAACAAAAUAUUUUUAGAUUUGUACCUUUUUCAACAUGAAUAAUUGAGAGCAUAAGAAUCGAAUGUGGUAUAACGUUAUUCCAGUGCCUUUCUUAGCUUGAUUGUAAAACAGUUCAAGUACUAUGUGUCUUGUCUCUCUGCCGCGGGUGUGACCACGCUGUGGUACGGGGUGGUACAUAGUUAACAGUCUCGUUCCCAUGAAUGUAAAAAACAACUACGCCACAGCCUUACCAGAAAAUCGGUGUACCCAAAAAGAAGUGCAGUGAAAUAUCCUGUUUAUUUAUUAAUGCUUUACGAUGUCUGUUUGUGCUUAGUUUGUUAAUGCUGUUCUAAUAGAAAAUAAUGACUGUUAAUUGUAAUUUUUUUUUUUUUUUUUUUUAAUGUCUAACAUUUCAUUUUUACCAAUCUGUCUUUUACCAACACAAGUCAUGUUCAUAGCCCGAUCACUGACCUUCAGUUGACUGCUAAUUUUACUUUCCACCUCUACAUUAUCUGCAUCUUAUCACUGCCUGAUUGGAAAUUGGAGAAGACGUGUCUAAUACCACUUUCACUUCGUGGGCUCAAGCAGGGUUGACUUGUGUUUUGAAAGGGUUAUUCCGCGUUGAUCGACUCUGCGUCACGACCCAGGUCUAGAGGUCGGUUGGACAUGGGCCGUUUUUCAGUGUAAACUGCACACAACCAGCUAACAAUCCCGGCGGCACAAAUUGUAGUUGGUUGUCACUCAUCUCAUCUGACCAGUCCACAAUACACAAAACUGGCUAAAAUGGCGUUCAAAUUUCCCUUCUAAAAUCUGGGUUGAACAGGGGUUGAUGCAUAGACUGUAAAAAUAAAGCCAAAACAGUAUAGGUCAUAAAUCCCACUACCUCAGUGUUGGCAGAUGGGACAUGGGCCAAGCUAAAAAAAAAUCUAAAUAAAUUUGUAUUUUUUGGAUCGUUUGUUCAAAUGUUCAUUUUCUUACAUCAGGUGACAGACCAGGAGUUGUAAUUCCACUGUUUGGCCACUAUGUUCCAUAUGCAUAUCCUGGGGGCCUGCUAUACCCUUUUGAUGUAUAAUAAAACCUGGAUACAGCUUUGAGGUGGAGCCCUGUUAAUUACUAGAGACCUCUGCCAGCUGAGCCGGCGACUUCAAGUUUAGCUCUCCAUUAAAUUGAAUGUGGAUUAAAUGAUUUAAUUGUGCGGCUCUUCUAGACUUUCCGAAUGUUAUCGGACCGAAUGGAUUAAAUUCUGAUAGCGAAAGGAGUCCUUUCGCUGGGGUUGUAUGAUGCAAAAAAGAAAAUGUAUUUCCUGAUUCACACAUCUCUUUCGCCAUGCAAGUCAAGGGGCAUUUUUUUGACCAGAGGGCAUCACGUGACUGUCCAGGAGUUGCAUUCCGCUGUUGAGCUGCUAUGUUCAUUUUGCUUCAAAGCCCGGGCACUUCCUGGGGUCCUGCCGUAUCUGUAAUAAUUUGGCUAACCUUUGUACAGUGGGAGGAAGUGGAGAUGAGUCAUCCAUCUUUAUACAGUCUAUGGGUUCAACCUAUUGGAACAUCUAUUUUGGCAAAUUAUGUCUACAAGGGGGCAAAUGUACGAGAUGCAUAACUACCUGUGUAGGUAUAUUUAUUUCAACAUAACCACAAACCUGCAUAAUCAACUAAUCUAAUAAUGGCCUAUACCGUAAAACUCUCCCUCUGCACUGUGGUUGGUGCUAGACUGAGAACUGAGCCCCGUUGCAUGCCCCUAGCAAGUAAACCAGCCAGCUGUCUGGCCACUAAAUUGAUCAAAUGUAACAACUUUUUUCAUUCACAUACUCUUGUCACAGCGUAGCAAAGCACAUUGCUAUCGCCAGAUGAGUGACAACUUAGUUUGGCUCACUGUCUUUAACCAGCGUAGCAUGAAGGCAUGUUGAGUGGAAUUAGCAAGCUAGCUAACUCGCCAGCCGGCCACAGCUGGCUGCUCGGUCCCACAGCUCAAUGGUGUUGCAGUUGAUAUAAGCGCCCUCUGAAAACCCAGCUUUAGAAAAUAAACUUAUGAAAAUAAGUGUUUUGUAUAAUUCUCUCAUCCACGGCACCGCCACGCUCUCUUCCCGGUCGCCCGAGACACAGGUCUGCAGCCGGCAGUUCAGUGUGGCUGCUGGCUGGCAAGAAUCUCUUUUGUAAGAUGAGUCGGCAAGCCUAACUUUGCUCUUAUUGUUAUGAAACUUGGUCCUAAAAUGGUCAUCUAACUAGCCUACUUCCCUUCUUUACUGCUACUGUUGAGUGUUUGAUGGUCGUAUGUGCUUUAUAACGUAAUUGCUGUGAAACAAUCGUAAAAUAAGCUUUAAUUUUUCUCAUUCACAGCUCGUUCCGCGCUCUCUCUUUCUCGGUCUGUCUGCUCGCCCGAGCUCGCACCACACGUCUCUGCAGAACGCAUUACAAACUGCAGGCCUACUGUACAAUAAGGAAUUCAAGUAAAAAACACCAGUCCUUGUAGUGUGCAGCUGGACUGUGUGACGUUGGCUGUCCACCUCGCCAAUUUCCAGCAAGUGAGGUGGACCUAAUUGGUAUGGAUCGGUCAUAUCUGAGUUGUCGUGACCAGGGAUAAACGUGUUGACUGGCUUGGUUUGAAUUGACAAAAUAAGGGUUGAACACGGGUCAGAUAACCCCGGUCUGACCCUGGUCCUUGGUGUGAAAGAGGUAUAAGAGGUAUAAGGUGCAGAGUUAAGUUAUUCUGGACCUGGAAAUGUCAUCUUUUGCUCAGGAGAUAACAAGACCCUCCCUUUUUCCCCACAUUGAGUCCCAUUUUGAAAUCCGAAUUAUCCUCAUUACUGUCUGGUCUUGUAACCUUUGUGGUGGUAAUGAGAUCUAGAGGAAAAUGUUCAAUGUCAACACGUGUUGAGUUUAGGGAAUGUCAAAGUUGUGAAAACAGAACCUUCAGGUAAAGUUUCUGAGCAUGUCUGUAAUAAAUCUGCGCGCGUACUUUGUGUGGUUCGUCUCGUACUAAAUCAAGCUGCUACCUUCCAGUUUGAAGACGGUCGGUCUGUCUGUCUGUCUAUCUUCUGUAUUGCCUCGUUAAGUGCAAUGCCAAAACUAGAAGUAGCUCAACAUGGAACUUGUGUGGGGAAGAAGCUGAAGCAUGAUGCACAGCGCUGGUGAUAUAUUUGACCAUAUGUAUGUGUUCAGUAUAACAUUAAUUUCCAUGAAUGUGACAAUGCUUCCUUAUUGAUAAUCCUAAUGAUGUACAUGUUUUUUUUGUUUGCUUUUUUGCUUUUCUUUGUGUAACUAUGGCUGAAAUGUAAAGAAUAAGUAUUGCACAACUCAUCUAUAGGGAAAGAUUUUGUGAAUUCAAAUGGAUUAGGUUUGAAGAGAAACUGCACUAAGCUUUAGGUUAUAUAAAUCCCAAAUAAAUAAUGACAGACAAAUAAGUGAUUGAUUUCUUUAAACAUAUGAUGACACAUGUCCAAAUGACCGGGUGAGAAAAUGACAUUAUUUUCAACUCAUGAAGCGCAUACCUUUCGAUGCCAACAAGGGUCUUAAUGUUUGAGACAAAUGAGAGUCCAGGCUUGUCCUCCCUGUCCAAUCAUUUUUACUUUAGAGAACGGUUUCUGAGUUUUUAAGAGCACAGCAGGUUCCUCACAUUUGGCCAUAAUUUGAUAUGAGAUAAUAUUUGAAGUAACGGUCCAAACAUGGCUCUCUAAUGUUUGAGGAUGAAGAUUGGAGUUUAGGUUUGUCUUCCAGUUUGCCAAUCGAGUUGGAAUUUUUUUUUUUUUUUUUAUAUAUAUAAACGUUUCUUAUCCUGUAUGUUCCUCUGUAAACUUCUCACCCACAUUGUCUCUUUUCUCAGAUGUUUGUAAGAUAUCAUACGGGAUUGUACUUGGGACGCUUUUGAAUAAAACCUUUUACUAAAAUGUA